AACCAGAGGAUAUGAUUGAUACCUAGGGUAGGACGGCAGGCAGACAAGAGAACAGCAUUGUUGUUGUUUCGUCAAUCACCAAGAUUAUCUUUCAGGUAUGCUUUACAGAUGCCAGCAAAAGUAUGAAGAUCAUAAGUAUCAUCAUCAAAAGAAGCAGUAUACCGUUUCCAGAUAGGUGUUUUUGAAAGUUUAUACCAUGGAGAGUGGCUUGAAGAGGGGCGUAUAUGUGGUAAAAACUUGGAAACAAGAGUAUCGUCCGGAGAGAAAGGAGUGUAUACGAUGAGGCUAAAUUACUAAGAGAAGCAAAAGUAAAUUUAGUCCAACUCCAAUUCUUACUUAACAAUGAAAAUAGUCUACACAAUUGGUCGGUGCAGAUUGUGGGUUUGACUGCUAUCUUUUGCACUAUGAUUUAUGAUGGCGACGACUUGUUUGUCUCUAUACCUCAGUUCACUAUAAACUUUCCUAGCUGUAUAAAACAAUUGGGUGGCUCUUCUGAAGCCUUAGAUAAACUAUUUUCGUUUGCCUAUUAUGUCGAAGAAACUGCUCAUGCCAUGAAAUGCAGUCUCAUAAAGAACAAGCGAAUGCUGAAUACAAUCAGCCAUAUAUUCAAUAAUGAUGAUUUUAGCAGUACCAUUUCAACUUUGUUCCCUCAUAAGGCGACUUCAAGGUUGAUGAAUUAAAUGUCACCUCCUUCUGGCGAUAGUACCAAAAUAAAUCAUCCCGCCUAUCAACAGGCUUAUUUUAUGCAACACCUUAGCCACUCCAAUUGACAUCAGCAGUUGUGAUAGGAAGAAAGAAGAAAAAGGGAAAAAGUCGGAAAAUAAAGAGGAUAUGUGGGGGAUCCGAAAGGAAGGUGGCUUAUGGUACUGUUCAGUCACCGGUCAGACCCUCAUAGAGCAUCCUUUUUUACCAAAUAAAAAUGCUGAAUAAGUACACUUUCUUGUGUAAAUUGUUAUCGUAAAAAAAAAUAAAAUAAAAAAUAAUUUUUUUUUUUUUUUUUUUUUUUUUUUUUUUUUU